AAGAUGGAGGGCUGUAGAAGGUUGUUUUCUCUUUCGAGAGAGAUAUCUAGAAAAAAGUCGAUUCAUUCAAGAUUUCAGAAAGCUACCUACUGUGCAGGCACAAAACCUAAGCUUUUAGAUGAUGGUUAUCAAGAGGACUUUGAAAAUGUGAACGUUCACGAAGAGUUGGUUCAGUCUCCACCAAGCCAGACUGAUCAAGCUGUGGACACUCUGACUGAUACAUUUGGUCGGCACCACAACUACCUGAGGAUAUCAUUGAGUGAACGAUGUAAUUUACGAUGUCAGUAUUGCAUGCCAGAGAAUGGUGUAGAACUGACGCCAUCUCAGAAACUCCUGUCUUCAGAAGAGAUACUCAGACUAUCAGAACUGUUUGUGAAGGAGGGUGUCCAGAAAAUACGGCUUACUGGCGGUGAACCAUUGGUCAGGAAGGACGUGGUGGAAAUAAUAAGAGGUUUGAAUGAAUUUCGAGACCUUGGUCUGCAGACCAUUGCUAUGACAACGAAUGGCGUGACUCUAGCCAGAAAGGCUCCAGUAUUAAAAGAGGCUGGUCUUGACCUUAUCAAUGUCAGCUUAGACACAUUAGUUUCAGCAAAAUUUGAGUUUAUAUCACGUCGGAAGGGCUGGAAUCAUGUCAUGAAGGGAAUAGAUGCUGCUCUAGAUCUAGGCUAUGACCCAGUUAAGGUAAACUGUGUUGUGAUGAGGGGAAUGAAUGAAGAAGAAAUCUGUGAUUUUGUUGCUUUUACCAAAGACAAGAAUGUUGACGUUAGGUUCAUAGAGUACAUGCCGUUUGAUGGAAAUAAGUGGAACUCCAAGAAAAUGGUUAGUUAUCUAGAAAUGGUGGACACCAUUAAGGCCAGGUGGCCUGACUUCGCCAGGAUGAAGGACCAUCCCAACGACACAUCCAAGGCGUAUCAUGUGCCUGGCUUUAAGGGCCAGGUGGGGUUCAUCACAUCUAUGAGUGAACAUUUCUGUGGAACCUGUAACCGAAUAAGACUUACUGCUGAUGGCAACCUGAAGGUUUGUCUGUUUGGGAACACCGAGGUAUCACUACGGGACGUGAUGCGAUCAUCAUCAGAUGACACAGAGCUGAGGGAGGUAAUAAGUGCAGCUGUGAAGAGGAAGAAGAAACAACAUGCUGAAAUUUUCAAGGACAACAGAGACCUUAAAUAUCCAAGUGAUGGUUUGGCUGUGCUGACCAUGCCUAAGUCACGGACAUAUUCCUUCUCAAAUAUGAUGCCUCUUGGUACUUUUUCUACUGCUCUCCUGUCUAAAGUAAAGCCUUGUUAUAGUCAGUUUAGACAGUGCUGGACAGGUGAUGAGGAAAGCAUGAAGUACUGGGAGACUGACCGCCGUGCAAGGUUAGCGGAGGCUGGGGAGCGUGGGGAAUGUGAGGACGAUGAUGUUGUAGAACAGCAACAGGAUGUUGAUGAUAUACAACAUCAGCAUGGCUUUUAUAAUCAUAUGUUAACUGGAAAUCUAUUAAAAAAUAUAAAUGAAGCAGACUGUGAUAGCUUAACGCAUGUUGAUGCUGCAGGCAAGACAAAAAUGGUUGAUGUCGGAUAUAAACCAAAUACAGUAAGAACAGCUGUCGCAUCAGCAACCAUCUAUGUAGGGGAAAAGGUGUUUACCUUAAUCAAAGAAAACAAAAUGAAGAAAGGGGAUGUGCUGUCAAUAUCACAAUUGGCUGGUAUAAUGGCAGCAAAGCGCACUUCAGAACUCAUUCCACUUUGCCACAACAUUUUCAUUUCCGGAGUUGAUAUCUCAUUUGAAUUAAAUGAAGAAAAAUACUGCGUCCAUAUCACCUCUUCAGCAAAGACUUCUGGGAAAACUGGGAUUGAAAUGGAGGCCAUCAUGGCUGCUUCAGUGGCAGCCAUUACGAUAUAUGAUAUGUGUAAAGCCGUGUCUAAAGAUAUGGUUAUCAGUGACAUCAGGCUGGAACAGAAGACAGGUGGUGUAAGGGGAGACUACCACAGACAGACAUAAAGAUCAUGAUCCAAAAAGUUAAAUAUUCUAUGGGAUUUUAUUAUCUAGUAAACUGUUCAUAGUUUACAAAAUAAUCAUGAAUUGGACAGUACUCCUUGAAAAGCCUUUUUUGACAUUAAAUUUUCAUGAAAAGAUAAUAGCUUGCAUUUAAAGUGGCAUUCCUUUGCAAUUGUUUUGACAUCAGACAUGCACAAUUUCUAUUGAUGAAAUCUAUGUCCGAACAAUGAUUUUAUGAGUGCUUGUGCCUGCAAGUGAUGAAAUUAACGUUGAAAUGUACAGGAAAAAGGCAUAUCGUAUACAAAUAUUGUAUGUCUUUGCAGUCUUUAGUGAUACUUCCGGUCAAAUUAAGAACUUUCGGGACUUAAUACUCGAAGAACUUUGGUUUAUCUUGUAAGUAAAACUGCCUUAUUAAUGUAAAGAUAAGAAAUUUUACUAUCUGGAAAAAAUACAUAUUUUCCAGUAAGUUUAAAUUUGACAACCUAAACUUUAUUCGAACGAAGGAAUGCCCCUUUAAAAAUAUUUUUUGGUACCCAAAUGAAAGAGAUAACAUCAAAAUCUUUCCAUAUUCGAAUUGUGAUGUCUGAGUUUAAUCAAGUUCUGUCGAUGUAUUUUUGAUGUACCAUUCCAUGUAGUGGAAGAAAUAUGUAGUUGUCAUGAUAGUCCAAUUUAAUAUUAUUUUUACUUAUUUUUCAGUUAAUAUUCAGCCUAAUUAGCACUUAACUAAUAUCAAGUACGCCAUGACUGUUUGCACCUGUCCAGAUGGAUGUACUGCGAGCUGUAACAUACCAAGUUAACAUUACUAAUAGAUGCCAUAUUCAGCGAUUUCUUUAUAUACACAAUAUACUACAUGUAUUUAUAUCACGCAUAGCUAGUCAGAACUCUUCAGAUUUUUUUGCCACACUUUUGAUGUGAUUUCAUCUUUCUGUCCUGUACGGGCCAUUUUUGUAUAUUGUUCAUAUUCAGUUUUAUUCAUGUUCAGGUUGCUAACAUGAAUUCAGCAUUAUUAUAAUCAUGAAUAUAUUUUGAAGAAAUUAUAAUUUGCAUGUAAAAAAUUGCAGGUAAUUUAUCCAAUAUCCCGGCAAUUUAUUUGACAUUGAUUCCACUGGUAACAAUUAUGCAGUCAGACCUAAAGGACAAUUCUGGUAUUGUACUCGUGGAUGUAUUAUUCACUCAAUACACUUGUACUUUCUGUGAUGGCAGGUAAAUAUAAUUUGUCCUUACAUCCAUUUUGUAAUUUGAAGUGAUAAUCUUAUUGGGGUGUUCCUUGUUCAACAGGAUAGUCCUUAUAGAUAUUACGUAUAUAAUAUUGGUUAACUUAAGGCAAUAUGAUCGAUACAUGUACUAAUGCAAUAGGAUUGUUUUAUAAUGCCUGAUGCUACUGACACAAUUUAAAUAUAGCAAAACUCCAAACUGACCUUUUAAAUGUAUCCUCGCUAUAUAUGCCUCUUUAACAUCCUCAUUGACUGUGUGUAGAAUGAAUCUUCGUUUAUCUUUGCCCAGGGAUGCUUCAUGGCUGUGUCCAGACUUGGUUAAAGCUCAAUUUCUCUUUGGUCAGUCCAGCAUGUGUCCAGCCCGACAUUCUCUUGACUUGUAAUUCAUACUUCUUUUCCAUUGAGAUGUGUCCAGAAUUUGUAUACCUUUAAUGUUCACUUUUGAAUGUGACAACUUUGGUUCUUUUAGUUCUGACAGGAUCACUGUUGAAAUGUUUACAGUAUUUUAUUAAUUGAUUUUAUUAACUUGAUAUCCAUUCUCCUUCCCACGUACUUGUACUAGGCUUAUUAACUGAUUUAAUUAACAUGAUAUCCAUUUCCAUUCCCAGGUACCUUGGGGACUCAGGGGACUCUUGAUAUGCACUCCAUCCUUCAGUUCAUCAAAGCAUCUUGUUGCUAGAGGCAUGUCUAACUUAUUCUCACCUACAAUUGUUUAGUUAUGAAUAUGAGUACCUCUCAUUCGCGGCUUGGUUUCCCAAACUAAAAUUGGGUGUCCUGACCUUCUGCAUUUAGAGUUAUGGGCCCUUUGUUCAGUUCUAGCUCAUGAUCAAGUAUUUUAGAUCUCCCCAGUACUUUGUGUGAUCAGAGAUGGAGGAUUUUAGAUCUCCCUAGUACUUCUAGUGAUCAGCCCCAGUACUUCUUGUGAUCAUCCCCAGUACUUGUGAUCAGCCCCAGUACUUUGUGUGAUCAGCCCCAGUACUUUGUGUGAUCAGCCCCAGUACUUCUAGUGAUCAGUCCCAGUACUUUGUGUGAUCAGCCCCAGUACUUUGUGUGAUCAGCCCCAGUACUUUGUGUGAUCAGCCCCAGUACUUUGUGUGAUCAGCCCCAGUACUUCUAGUGAUCAGUCCCAGUACUUUGUGUGAUCAGCCCCAGUACUUUGUGUGAUCAGCCCCAGUACUUUGUGUCAUCAUCCCCAGUACUAUGUGUGAUCAGCCCCAGUACUAUGUGUGAUCAGCCCCAGUACUUUGAGUUCAUCAAAGCAUUUUGUUGCUAGAGGCAUGUCUAACUUAUUCUCACCUACAAUUGUUUAGUUUUGAAUAUGAGUACCUCUCAUUCGCGGCUUGGUUUCCCAAACUAAAAUUGGGUGUCCUGACCUUCUGCAUUUAGAGUUAUGGGCCCUUUGUUCAGUUCUAGCUCAUGAUCAAGUAUUUUAGAUCUCCCCAGUACUUUGUGUGAUCAGAGAUGGAGGAUUUUAGAUCUCCCUAGUACUUCUAGUGAUCAGCCCCAGUACUUCUUGUGAUCAUCCCCAGUACUUGUGAUCAGCCCCAGUACUUUGUGUGAUCAGCCCCAGUACUUUGUGUGAUCAGCCCCAGUACUUCUAGUGAUCAGUCCCAGUACUUUGUGUGAUCAGCCCCAGUACUUUGUGUGAUCAGCCCCAGUACUUUGUGUGAUCAGCCCCAGUACUUUGUGUGAUCAGCCCCAGUACUUCUAGUGAUCAGUCCCAGUACUUUGUGUGAUCAGCCCCAGUACUUUGUGUGAUCAGCCCCAGUACUUUGUGUCAUCAUCCCCAGUACUUUGUGUGAUCAGCCCCAGUACUUUGUGUGAUCAGCCCCAGUACUUUGUGUGAUCAGUCCCAGUACUUUGUGUGGUCAUCCCCAGUACUUUGUGUGAUCAGCCCCAGUACUUUGUGUGGUCAUCCCCAGUACUUUGUGUGGUCAUCCCAGUACUUUGUGUGGUCAUCCCCAGUACUUUGUGUGGUCAUCCCCAGUACUUUGUGUGAUCAGCCCCAGUACUUUGUGUGAUCAGCCCCAGUACUUUGUGUGAUCAUCCCCAGUACUUUGUGUGAUCAGAGAUGGGAGAUUUUAGAUCUCCCCAGUACUUUGUAUGAUCAGAGAUGGAGGAUUUUAGAUUGCCCCAGUACUUCUUGUGAUCAGCCCCAGUACUUUGGCUAUACUUUUACUGUAUACAGUACAUACUGGCUCCCCUAUUGGUAAUCUGCAUGAAGCUACAUUGUAUCUUUCACUUCUGUUGAUAAAGUGUUUUGUUUAAAAGGUGUCAGAGACCUUGUGGUUUGUUUAUUUAGCAAUGUUUUAUUAUCAUGUCUUGUUUUAUAGAUACAGCAUUAAUUCAUACUGGCCUUUUGGUAGUUUAUACAAAUUGACAUUGAUGAGGGAGGUGUCAAUUAUUCUGUAAAAGGUUGUCAAUACAGUGUUUUCUGCCCAAUCAGUACUGUUUUAUAUUUUAGAUUACUGUUCAUUAUGAUUGCUAUAUAUUAAGGUGAAAACAUCUGCAAUUGCUGAUAACAAUUUGUACACUUGUGAUUUGUAUCUUGAUACUGUACACGAUGAUGUGUGACGAGCGUAUCUGUACACCAUUUAUUUUUUAAAUAAAAGAAGCUAAUUGUGAUAUGUAUAUAAAUUGUAAUGAUAUUACUUGUAAUGCUGUUUGAAAUAUUUUUUAUAGCUGUUGCAUUUCAAAAUCAUUUUGGUUUUCAUAAUAUUGCAUUUGAAAAUGAAUUUGUUUAAUAUUCAUUUGCAUUUCACAUUCAGUUUGGAUCCAUGUGUGAUUUUAAAAUUUUAUUUUUUCAUUACAUGAAGGUUACAUUAAGUUGUAUACUUUGUAUGGAGGUUAAAUUAAGUUGUAUACUUUUGUAUGGAGGUCACAUUAAGUUGUAUACUUUGUAUGGAGGUUAAAUUAAGUUGUAUACUUUUGUAUGGAGGUUAUGCAUUAAGUUGUAUACUUUUGUAUGGAGGUUACAUUAAGUUGAAACUUUUUAUGGAGGUUCCAUUAAAAUGUAUACACUUUGUACUUUCAUAUGGAGGUUAAGCUGUUUUGCGGUUCAAGCCUUCCAUUUAAAUUGAUAUAUGAUAGUACAGUAAAUUCUUAUAUUCAGAUUCAUUUAAUUAGUAUGUCUAUUAAUUGUAGCCCAAAAACACAGCACUUUUUUUAUUCAAGGAGACAUUUUGUAUAAAAAAUGUAUACUAUAAAAGAUAUGUAUAUGUAUAGAAAAAUAUGCAAGAUAUAUACAUAGGAUGUACCCAGUACUUUCUGAACUUCGCAUCUUAAGAACAUGAAAUUGUGUCUCUGUUGCCUCACUGACAAGUCCUUGAAGGAUGCUGUGGCUACUGUAUCUUUUGUACAAUCCUUCAAAAUCAUUUUAAUCAAAUUUACUCCUUUAUAUGCAUGAAGAGCUAAUCAUUUUAUUUUUGAAGCAUCUUGCUGUAUGAUUUAUAAUUUGAGGUCAUUUAAUAUAAAUAUUUGUUUGUAAAAUAAAAUCUACAGAUGUAAGAAGAAAUAUAAUCUAUUGAUAUAUAUAUAUACAUUGUAUAUGGUUGUUGCUUAUUGCCAACUUUUCAUUAAAUUAAGAGACUAAUAAUCAGGGAUGAAUGAAGGUAUUUUAAUUGAAUUUGGUCCCAGGAAUUCCAAGGAAUCCAAUGUUGUAUGCAUGAAUUAAUAAAGAAGUAGAUCCAAUGAGUGGAUUAGAAGCAGGGGCCAAGAGUCAAUCAGGAGGCAGAGAUGUUUUCAAUUUCUUCUCCUUGCUCCAACAGGUGGACAUCACCAAGACUUUAUGGAAAUAUGGUAUCUCGGAUGCUUUUAUAUUUUGAUUGUCAUUACGUCAGUCUGAUUUACAUUUCCAGCUUGUGGACUUUAUUCUACCAGAUGUUAUUUUUAGUGCGUAUAAAAUCUGAGAUGGCCACCAGAGUUUCAGCCACACAGAAAUAUACUGAUAUUGGCAAUAUAGAAUUGUUGGUCCUGUUUUGUUUAAAACAUCAAUAAAAUAGUAAGUCUAUUAUAUGCAUUUCAAUAUCUUGCCAAAAUAUGUUACGUUGGAAAUUUUAAAAGACUACUGUUGGAAAUCUUGUAACAAGGUUUUUCAUUAUUACUCAGAAGUAUGUAAACAUGUAACCAUCUCUGGGUGUGUAUACCGGUAAUUGAUUAUUACAUUGUAAAAAAUAGUGGAUGGGUAAUUUUUAUACCAGAUUUAAAAUGAGGAAAAUUAUAUAAUUUGUAAAAUAACAAUAUUGAUCAAUAAAUCAUUCAAAUUGUAAA